CGGCUCACUUCUUUGGUUUAGUCGUGAGGAUACAGCAGAACCGAGGUGCAUCACCAGCCAAAUAAGGCUGAAACAAAUGUACAUUUUAAGGUGGAUUUUAUUCUUCUGUUCUCAGCAUUGAUCCGUUCAUCAUUUCCACAGAGCUGCCGCCAGACAGCAGAAUGGACCUGCUUCCUGACGUGUGGAGGCAGGACUACUGGCUUCCUCCAGGUGUGACCUGGAGAGACAUGGCACGGCUGGCAGACUCUGACCGACCGCGACCCCAGGACCUUCUCAUAGCUCUGCCCCUCGCACUGGGCUUUAUCGCCCUGCGUUAUGUGUUUGAGAGGUUCUUUGCCCCACCCAUGGGCAGAUAUUUGGGGGUGAAGAAUAGAUUGCAAGUGCCUGCUGACCCCUCCCCGAAGCUGGAGUCAUUUUACACCCAGAGGAGCAAACAGCCGACACAGAGUGAAAUUGUUGGUUUGAUGUCGCUGUGUGGCAAAACCCAGAGGCAGAUUGAGACCUGGUUCAGACUUCGCAGGAACCAAGACAGGCCUUGUCAAACCAAGAAAUUUGGUGAAGCUGCUUGGAGGUUCUUUUUCUACCUCACAGCCUUCAUGGCCGGACUGGCCUGUUUGAUUGAUAGACCGUGGUUCUGGGACUGCAGGGAAUGUUGGAGGCAAUAUCCAGUUCAGCCCAUGGAGAGAGCUCAUUACUGGUACUACAUGCUAGAGUUGGGUUUUUAUGGCUCUUUGCUCCUCCGGAUCUCUGUGGACAUCAAGAGGAAGGAUUUUAAAGAACAGGUGAUCCACCAUUUGGCCACCAUCUUCCUGCUCAGUUUCUCCUACUGUGCCAACUACAUUCGCGUCGGCACCUUGGUCAUGCUGCUUCAUGACUCCUCUGACAUCCUGCUUGAGUCUGCCAAGAUGUUCAACUAUGGCACUGGCUGGAGGAAAAUGUGUGACACGCUGUUUGUUGUGUUUGCUGUGGUCUUCCUUGUGACUCGACUGGUGGUUUUCCCCAGCAAAAUCAUCCAUACCACACUGGUACUGUCUAUGGAGGAGUUUGAACCUUUUGUCGGCUACUACUUUUUCAACAUCCUGCUGAUGGUGCUGCAGGCUCUUCACAUCUUCUGGGCUGGCUUAAUCUUACGCAUGGUCUAUAAGUUCCUGAAAGGCAAGCUGGAAAAAGACGAACGCAGUGAUGAAGAGAGCGAGGUUGAAGAAGAGAACGAUAAAGGAGGAGAUGAAAAUGUGGAACAAGGAGGAGAUUACGAUUGGAAGAAAAGUAAAGACUCCCUGAACUCCAAACUGUCUAUGCUGACCAACAGUUGUGUCCUAAAUAACUUGACCAACCACAGGGCAUCUGCAGCCGAAAGAAUGCGUAAAGCUCAGUGAGGUGACAGUUUUCCUAUGUCACAAUUGUAACAGCCACGAUUUACGUAUUGAGUGGUAUUACUCGCUUUACUACAGUUCCUGUGUGCUGAUGCCACUGUGCGUCACUUUUAGACAAGUUAAGCUGUGAGAGUUUAAAAUCAUUAGUCAUUGAAAAACGCUGCAAUAGCAGAGGAUAGUUUCGAUCUAUCGACCUCUGGGUUAUGGGCCCAGCACGCUUCCGCUGCGCCACUCUGCUACACACUGCAGGCUGGGCUGCUGCAGCAGGACAUAAAAUCAGGGAAUCAUGAAAGUGUUCAGUGCCUGCCUGAUGUUUUUCUUCAUUGCAACCUACGCUGCAGACUGUUUACACUGUUUGCAUUCAGCAAGUUCACAAAGCACAUGUUUGAAAUGGAAAGAUUGUAGAAAUAACACAAUAGCAAAACAAAAGACAUAAUCUAGGUAGCUAUUGUGACACCCAGUAGACUGAAGUGGUUGUUAACUAUUGUAAAAUAAUGACAUUGUUACAUAACAUGCAGUAGAUAUUUAAAUGCAAGAAAUAAAGUGAUGAUAUUA